GGGCGCAUGCGCUCGGGCCCCGGCCGUGCCAUAUUGGAAUGAGGCGGCGAGCGAGAGAGCGAGCGAAGCGCCCGGCAGCCAGCCUCGCCUCAGAGCUCCUGACUGGCGGCGGUUACGGAGGAGAAAGGGAGAAACUCGGAGAGGGAGCUUCUUUGAACAUACAAGAGCUUGUGAAAAGAAAAUCAGCAGAGAGCAGAUGAGUUCAAGACAGUGACUGAGUGGCUUCCAUUAUUUCCUGCUCUUAAAGAUUAUUGCCAGAUUUCUGUGGAGAUGAAUGGAGAACAGCAGCAUGAGACAGAUGCAAGUUCCACUGUGGAAGAAGCAGAAUUCAACUGGGAUGAGUAUUUGGAAGAUACAGGAGCAAUCCCUGCACCUCAUGGCUCAUUUAAGCAUGUAAGUAAGCGCCUAAAAAAUGGCUUACCCCAGGCAUGAAAACUGGAAGUUGCUGUUAAACCUGGCCCUGACACAUACUAUGCUACAAUCAUUACAACCUGUGGGCCAGUUUACUGCUAUUGCGAUUGAUGGUUCUGGGAGGACCGCCAAGCUGAUUUCUGGUGUGAUAUCAUGACAGCUGUUGCACCCCCGUUGGCUGGUUUGUUGGCAGAAAGAAUAAGGAUACUUAAAGUUCCUGAAGGUAUUCUUACUAUAGAUUUUGGGGCAGAUUCUCAUUAGGUGGAAUUUCUUCAACAGACUUUAAAAGGAGCAUGCCGUGCCCCUGCAAUCUUCUUGACCGGACUCCAUCGAGGCAAGAAUCCUUUGGAUCUCAUUGCACCUGGUUCAAGAUUGGAGUGUCAGCACAUGAAAGAUACCUUUGGAGCUUGGAUAGUUAAUGUUCUGGAAAAUAUUGGUGGAAGGCUCAAACUCCGUUAUGAAGGACUUGAAGAUUUAGAAGAGUAUGAUUUAUGGAUGUUCUAUUUGGAUCCCUUUCUUCAUCCAGUGGGCUGGGCAACUCAACAAGGAUAUACCCUUCAACCUCCUCUAGCUAUCAGGCACUUGAAGACUGAGGCAGAAUGGCAGGAAAUCUUGGCAAAAAUAAAAGAAGAGGAAGAAGAAUCAUUGGUGCCAACUGAUCUGUUUAAGGACAAGCCAGUUGUUGGAAUUCACUCAUUCUCCGUGAACAUGAAGUUAGAGGCUAUUGAUCCAAAGGUGCCUUUCAUCAUCUCUCCUGCAACAGUUACUAAGGUGUUUGAUGAUAAAUAUUUCAUGAUAGAAAUAGAUGAUUUGCGACCAGAAUGUACCACUAUCCGGUCCUGUAUCUGUCAUUUCAACAGUCCUGGCAUUUUCCCUGUGCAGUGGAGUUUAAAGAAUGGUUUGCAUCUCAACCCUCCACCUGGUUAUCCUGGACAUGACUUUGACUGGGCAGACUAUCUCAAGCAAUGUGGUGCUGAAGCUGCUCCCCAAAGUUGUUUUCCCUCACUAAAUUCUGACCAUGGUUUUAAAGAAAACAUGAAACUUGAGGCUGUAAAUCCAGAAGAUCCAGAAGAAAUUUGUGUCGCUACUAUUACAAAAGUGAAGGAUUCCUAUCUCUGGCUACAGCUGGAAAGCUCUAAACUGCCAGUCCCUGAAUGCAUAGUGAGUGUGGAAUCCAUGAAUAUAUUUCCAGUAGGUUGGUGUGAAACUAAUGGAUACCAGCUCAGACCUCCUCGCAGAGCAGUAGUGAACAAGGAAAAGAAAAUUGCAGUAGUCCAGCCAGAAAAACAGAUAUUAUCUUCAAGGACUGUCCAUGAGGGACUAAAGAGCCAGGAGCUCAACUCAUCUGACACUAUUGUAACAAAUGGUAAAUACUACUGUCCAAAGAUCUACUUCAACCACCGCUGCUUCUCAGGGCCAUACCUUAACAAAGGUAGAAUUGCUGAACUACCACAAUCUGUGGGACCUGGGAACUGUGUCCUUGUUCUUAAAGAGGUUCUCUCUUUGCUGAUCAAUGCUGCUUAUAAACCCAGCCGUGUUCUUAGAGAAAUACAACUGGAUGAGGAGGCUACAUGGCAUGGAUAUGGAGAGACCCUGAAAGCAAAGUAUAAAGGAAAGAGCUACCGUGCCACAGUUGAAGUUGUAAGAACAGCUGAUCGGGUGGCAGAGUUUUGCAGGCAGACCUGCAUCAAACUGGAAUGCUGUCCAAAUCUCUUUGGCCCUCAAAUGGUGCUAGACAAGUGUUCAGAAAACUGCUCUGUUCUGACAAAAACCAAAUACACCCACUACUAUGGCAAGCGAAGAAACAAAAAGAUUGGUCGACCACCAGGAAUCCACAGCAGCAUAGAGGCAAGCAUGAAGAAAGCAAGCAGGAAGAGAAAGAAACGGAAAAACCUCUUUGUCCAUAAGAAGAAACGAUCCUCUACCUCAGUGGAUAACACACCAGCUGGCUCACCCCAAGGCAGUGGGGGGGAAGAGGAGGAUGACCAGGAUGAGGUGGAUGAAGAAUCUCUUACAGAUGACAGCAAUUCAGAACAUCAGGAGGAACUGCUAGAAGAAUCUGAAGUAUCAGAGAAGAAAUCACGUUCAUCCUCCCCCACACAGAGUGAGCGAUCUCAUUUUGGGUCUCAGGACCGGGACAAACGGAAAAGGAAACUACGUACCUUUUCCUUCUCAGAUGAUGAAAAUAAACCACCAACACCAAAGGAACUAAAAAUAGAAGUUGGUGAAAAGCUGCAGCUGGACAGCAAUCCCCUGGAAUGGAGUGUAGCUGAUGUUGUACGGUUCCUUAAAUCUACAGACUGUGCACCAUUAGCUAGAAUAUUUUUGGAUCAGGAAAUUGAUGGGCAGGCACUUCUCCUGCUUACCCUUCCCACUGUUCAGGAGUGCAUGGACUUGAAACUUGGCCCAGCCAUUAAACUUUGCCAUCAUAUUGAAAGAGUCAAAUUUGCCUUCUACCAACAGUUUGCAAACUGAAGUGGAGAGGAGGAAGUAAAAUGAAAUUGAAUUGUUGAAGCACAACUGCAGCAUCUUUCUCUUCCUUGAAUAAGGAAUGCUGAGAAGAUACAUAUGGAAACUGCUUAUAAACUGGCAUUUGCAGUCUUGCACUUUUGAAAGAAGCAAAGAAGAAUACUUGGCGCAAAAUUGUAAUGCAAUCCUAGCUGUUGUCACAGCAGUCCAUGGAUUUAGAAAUGUAGUACAUGCUCAUUCUGUACAUCAGGACUCUUUUUUAUGAAUAAAGGUUGAAAUCUCUCCUCUGAGGGGAGGGGAGAAUGUUUUCCUCAAAUUUUAGUCAAGAGAAGGACAAACUGAUGGCAUGUGGAAGAAAAUGCAGAUUGAUGGAAAUCUCCUCACCAUUUGUAAAACUACCCUCAUUUACUUUGUUAUAAAGAUCAUUUUAAAAAAAAAACUAAACUAGCUGAUUGCCAAGAGAAGUGAUGCAGCCAAAAGCCUGAAAAUUAUUGUUCAGCCAGAUUUCCUUGUGAUCUUUAUUUUGGAGCUUGCUCUCUACCUCUAUGACCAUAGAAAAAUCUAUGAGGGAAGUAUCAUUUUUGAGGAGGUCACAUAUGGGUUUGCGACAGUUGUGUUCCUGCAGCCAGAGUAGGGAUGCCAACUGGUUUUCUUCUAACAGACUUUUUGCCUUUGACAACUACCUGAUAACCACAAAUUAAAUGUAAAACUCAUUUUCAUCAUGAGGUAAUGGCAGCAAAUGUUUUGCCAACAAUUCUGCCGGUCACGUUGCUGGUAAAAGAGCAGAGGGCAGGAUUGUUGAGGAGAGGUUUGAAUAUUAGUAAUUGGCUCUGUUUUUUGAAAAGCUACAGUCUAAUUUUUAUGGCAAGGUGCACAGAAAGAAGACACUUUAAUAUUAUUUUUCUUUUUGAAAAGAUGUUAGUAAAAUACUGCAUGUUACUUUUGUGGGGGAAAUGCCAUGAUAGGUAUUAACUUUUUUUCCCCUCUUGCUCCUGUUUUUGGGAAAGCUGACUUUGCAUUCGUAAAGGAAGAAUGAAUAGAAAAAUUAGAGCUCCUACCAGUUCUCAGAUACUAAGGACUUAUCCUGCUAAUUGUAAUUGUUUGGUAAAUGCAUGGGUGAAAAUGUUAUCUCCCCUCCUUUGCUACAUAUAUAACAGAACGUUAAUGUUCUUCUGUGGCACAGUUCAUGUGGCAUAUGUUGACUGUGUAUAUGCAUUAACAGAUGGACAGAUCCAUGGCUUUUCCCCAUGACUUUCUGGCAUAAUGUAGAGGAAAAUUCAGUGUGCUAAAUAUAGUGUGCGGACUAAAGCUUAUCUAUAGAGCAGCUUCCCACAGUUGCAACAGCUGAUUGUUGAUGCACACUACUGGAAAAUUAAUAAGUUUUAAUUCCUGCAGAGUAGGUCCAAACUCACCAAAUGAGCAUCUUUGUUUCUGCCCCCCUGAUAUAUGUAUAUAUUAAUUUGGAAAUAUCACCUGGUCUCUUCAGUCUAUGGAUGUCAUUUUUUUAAGGUUGAAACAGGUUUUUUUCUUCCUGAACAAUGUCCAACAGUAUGCAAGAGGCUGUUUAAAAAGAGGUUCAGGCUAUCUUGAAGGAAUUUUCUCAUUAACCUUCUUAGCCAUCUAAGACUCGUCAAAGGUAUAGAUGGAGAUAACGAUUUUCCAGUUUCAACCAAAGCAAGUUUAGUAUAUAAAAUACUGUGGGCCAAAUUACAAGUAGAUUCUUGUUAACUAGAAUGGUCCAGCUGAUUCACUUAUUUAUGAGAAAAUGUAAAUGUGUGUUUGUGUGUGUGAGAGAGAGAGAAAGAGAGAAUGCCUCUGUCUGGCACUGGAAAGAAACCCAAUCUUUUCCAUCAUUCACACUCAGUUAUCUUUUUUGUUUUAUAAGGCAUGCAUCUUUUAUAUAUCUUCUGGGGAGAAAAUAAUCCAUAAGGGAAUCAUAAUAACUUCAUGCAAACAUGAUUUUUAGUAAAACUUUCCUAACUCCCCAUAUUGCUGUAAACUUUUUCUGAUGCAUAGAUAGGUGCUGUGUGUCUGGCAUAUGUUUACAUGCUUGUUUCUGUAUUGCAUUAGCAGUUUGGUCCCAGUGGGAUCCAUUCAGGGUCUUUCAAAGAAGAAGGAUGCUUUCUACUGUUCAUUACUUUGAGUAAGUCAUUUCUAUGCAACACACGGAUACUUGUGUACUUCAUUUCUUAAGGUGAUUCAGCACAUCUGUUGGACUGGAGUUUAAAGGGUUUGAUGUAAUCUACAAACAGUCACUCCUUAAACAGUCCUGGAAUAUUCUCUGACUUCAGUAAAUGUUACUUCAUCAACAAACCCUUCAUCUCUUUUCAUUUACUGCCCAAAUGGGGCCAAUUGGAGUCUUAUCUGACUCAGUACUGAUAUGACAUUCAAAGGCUCUUGUGCUAUUGUAGUGCAGUUGUGGAGGAGUCUGCAAAGUUAGAUAACAUUGUAUGUUUUUACUAUGCCAAUGACAUUCUAGUUAGGAGAAAGUGCACACACCCCAUUAUGCUUUCUCCAAGUGAAGAACAGGGGAAAGUAAACAUAAUUUUCAAAUCUGCUGUACAAAGACAACAUGAAGAUUAAGGUGAGACUGGUAACAAAAUCCCCCUGCCCCAUUGGUUAUUUUUGGAAAAUGAUUAAUACACUUAAGAGAAACAGAAUAAUGUUAACAUGGAAAUUUAGUCAACACUAACAAGUCUAGAGUUACACUCUUUUGAAGUGGUGUGGCUAUGAAACAACAUGAAAGAUAGUGCUGGUCUAAUUUUAUUUUUAUUUAUUUGCCAUUUCUAUAAAGGUAGACAUUUGUGGGGGAAAGUGGAAAGCCAGUAAUGUCCAGACUCUGAUCUUAAGAAGACAAGAUUAGGAAGGAGAAAAAAAGACUAUGCUGCAG